UGCUGAAUAACAAAGCCGUUAGUCAGGUCAUAAGGGAGGCUAAUAUAUUUUUCACCCACCGUGAUAAAGGUCGUUGGCUCAACCCUAUGUCUAUUAUUAUUGGUUUAUCGAUAAUAUAUAUGUUUCAGUGGAAACGGUUCAAAACUUCUCAUUUUGGGCUCUGGUUUCAAAUUGUCACUUCACGAGUUGAACGAGAACGACGCUGCACUCUAUUAGCUUUUGUCGCGGCAGUGAGAGUUGAACUUAGACCCUUAGAAACCCAAUUCAAAUAUAUCGCCCAUUCCUAUGUUCUUUUAGGGUUUCUGUAUAUUCAAACCCUUCAAUAACCAAUCCAUUCCUUCUUUUUUUGUUGUUGUUGAUGAUAUGAAGUCCUUAACGACCAGCGUAUUUUUAAUUUCUUUAUUACUCUCCGUCACGUUCCUCAAUUUCGUUCACGGCGCCGACUCAAAGCAGAAUAAGUUUCGUCAGCGACGGGCUACAGAUGAUGACCUCGGUUACCCUGAAAUAGAUGAGGACGGUUUGGCGAAUACUCAGUGCCCUAGAAAUUUAGAGCUCAGAUGGCAAACUGAAGUCAGCUCUAGCAUCUAUGCCACCCCUUUGAUUGCUGAUAUCAACAGUGAUGGGAAACUUGAAGUAGUGGUUCCUUCUUUCGUUCACUAUCUUGAAGUACUCGAAGGAACUGAUGGAGACAAAAUGCCAGGUUGGCCUUCUUUUCACCAGUCAACUGUACAAGCCAGUCCUCUGCUGUUUGAUAUCGACAAAGAUGGUGUGAGAGAAAUUGCACUGGCAACCUACAAUGGUGAAGUACUGUUUUUCAGGGUUUCCGGCUACAUGAUGAUGGAUAAAUUAGAGGUUCCUCAUAGGAAAGUUCGUAAAGAUUGGUAUGUUGGUUUGCAUCCUGAUCCAGUAGAUCGGACACAUCCAGAUGUCCAUGACGAUCUACUUGUUAAGGAGGCUGAGGCUGCUCAGAUGAAAUCAAAGACAGAAAAAAAAGAAGGUCUACCUGAACUCAACACAACAGCUUCUACUUCUACAGAAAGUCACCUGGGAGUGGCAAACAUGUCAAAGUCAGGAGAUGAUAAGAAAAUGAAUGAGAGUCAAACUGAAACAAACAUAAAGCUCAUUAAAACUGUGGAUAAUUCAUCCUUGACUGCGGGUUCAGGGGGAAAUAGUAGUUCAGAGAGUAGAAGAAACUCCGGGAGACGUCUUUUGGAAGAUAACAACUCUGAAGGGUCCCUUGAAGGCAGUUCAGAGUCUAAAGAUGAUAAAAAAGAUGAUGCUCACAAGGCAACUGUUGAAAAUGAUCCUCAAGCUUUGUCAGAUGAUGCUGAUCGAUCUUUUGAACUAUUUCGUGAAACUGAUGAUUUGGAUGAUGAGUAUGGGUAUGAUUAUGAUGAUUAUGUGGAUGAUGCCAUGUGGGGAGAUGAGGAGUGGCAAGAAGGGCAACAUGAGAAAAUGGAGGAUUUUGUCAAUAUUGACGCACACAUACUGUGCACACCUGUCAUUGCAGACAUUGAUAAAGAUGGGGUAUUCGAAAUGAUUGUUGCUGUUUCCUACUUCUUUGAUCCUGAGUAUUAUGCCAGUUCAGAGCGUUUGAAGGAACUAGGUGGUAUUGAUAUUGGGAAAUAUGUUGCCGGUGCCAUUGUUGUUUUCAAUCUUGAUACCAAGCAAGUUAAGUGGGUCACAGAUCUUGAUCUAAGUACAGACACUUCCAAUUUUCGUGCUUAUAUACAUUCUUCUCCAACUGUUGUGGAUUUGGAUGGUGAUGGCAAUUUGGACAUUCUUGUUGGAACUUCUUUUGGCUUGUUCUAUGUCCUGGAUCAUCAUGGCAAAAUUAGAGAAAAUUUUCCUCUUGAAAUGGCAGAAAUUCAAGGUGCUGUUGUUGCAGCUGAUAUCAAUGACGAUGGCAAAAUUGAGCUAGUGACCACUGAUACACAUGGAAAUGUUGCUGCAUGGACUGCAGAAGGAAAGGAAAUUUGGGAACAGCAUCUGCAGAGUCUCGUUACUCAGGGUCCAUCUAUAGGUGAUGUUGAUGGGGAUGGCCAUACUGAUGUCGUUGUUCCAACCCUAUCAGGGAACAUUUAUGUUCUUAGUGGCAAGGAUGGCAGAAAGGUUCGCCCUUAUCCAUAUCGAACUCAUGGGAGAGUGAUGAAUCAAGUUCUUCUUGUUCAUUUAAGUAAACAUGGGGAGAAAAGCAAGGGGUUAACACUUGUUUCGACUUCAUUUGAUGGUUACCUCUACCUAAUAGAUGGACCAACAUCAUGUGCUGAUGUAGUUGACAUUGGUGAAACUUCAUAUAGCAUGGUCUUAGCAGACAAUGUUGAUGGUGGAGAUGAUCUCGAUCUUAUUGUUACAACAAUGAACGGCAAUGUUUUUUGCUUCUCAACUCCUGCUCCACAUCAUCCCCUCAAGGCAUGGAGAUCAAGUAAUCAAGGAAGAAACAAUGUUGCACAGCGUUACAACCGUGAAGGGGUCUUUGUUACUCAUUCAUCAAGAGCUUUCCGAGAUGAGGAAGGCAAAAAUUUCUGGGUAGAGAUUGAGAUUGUAGAUAAAUACAGAUACCCAUCUGGGUCUCAAUCACCUUAUAAUGUCACUACAAGCUUGUUGGUUCCUGGCAAUUACCAAGGAGAUAGGACCAUUAAGCAAAGCCAAAUCUUUGAGCAGCCUGGUAAAUAUAGAAUUAAAAUGCCGACAGUUGGAGUAAGGACUACAGGGACGGUGCUGGUGGAGAUGGUUGACAAGAAUGGACUCUAUUUUUCAGAUGAAUUUUCUCUUACAUUCCAUAUGUAUUACUAUAAACUACUGAAAUGGCUACUGGUUCUCCCCAUGCUUGGAAUGUUCAGUGUGCUUGUCAUCUUUCGUCCACAGGAGGCCAUGCCUUUGCCAUCAUUUUCACGGAACACUGACCUGUGAUGAUCAUCCCCUAUCAGAUUUUCAUGCCAAUUUGUGAAGAUAUGAACAGAUUUUCACUGAGAUGAGGCCAAAUACCUCGAUGGAUUGAGAAUGGAAUUAACUGGAAAACAGGGAGACAGUUUCAAACUGGGAAGUUGUACAAUCUGAUUUUAGACUGCCUAAAAGGCAAUGGCCUCAACUGGAUGAUUUUUGAACCAAGAAAUUCGGGACUUGUAACAUAGUUUAAUUUGAGUUUCAAAUGUUUCCAUAGACCAUAGUUUUUACAGAUAGUUAAAUGAGGAAAUAUAUAUUUAUUGAAAUUUGAA